AUGGAAUUUGAUACCGCUGAGCCUUCUCCACUCCUAACUCAGCUGGAGAAGAAACCCACUGGCCCUGCAAAAACAUGGAAAAGAUUUGGGAACAAGUCUGGUAGAUUGCUCAGGGAACCUAUCAUACCAAUUGUGAUUGACAAUGUCUCAGGUCUGGAGAGAACCUCUGCAGAAUGUGAGCUUCCAUCAUCAUCCAAAGACUCAAAACUUCUGAAGCAAGAUAAAAUAGACAAAUCACAAGAAGAUUCUGAAAAGGUGGGGGUUGCCAGCCUGGAAUGGCACCCAAGUGGUCAAUGUUAG